UAUUACAAACAAAUAUGAAAAUGACUACGCACCUGUUCCUAGUCAAGAUGCAGCUUAUACAACCAAAGAACCAUCUAAUAUAAUGGCACGAAUGUACAAGCGAUUAUGUGUAGAACAACAAAUAAUGCGAAAUAAUGAAUCAUGUUAUCCAAAUCUCACAAAAUUUGCUCGAGAUAUUCUUCCAAUACUGGCAACAAGUGUUCUGAGCGAACAGAUGUUCAGAAUAAGUGGAGAUAUGAUCACUAACAAGAGAAACUGGUUGGAUUGUAAAACAGUUCGAGAAGCUAUAUGUUUGAGAUCAUGGUGGAGGGAACUAAAUAGCUAA